AGUAUCUCGCGUAUAGUGAACAAGGUAACUUGUGUCCAAGAUUAAAUAAUAAUAUUGUUAUUCAUUGUACAAAUAAAAUUACAGCUGUAAUCUAGUUGAUGGAUUACAGAUAAACCACCCCGUAAUUACGGACUGUGAGAUUACUCGUUAUCGGUAAAUAUCUCCUACCGAGAUUACGACUGGUUUUUAUCAAAUGCUUAAAGAAGCAGUCAACAAAAUGGAGCGGCGCUGCCCUGAGCGCUGCAUGUGCCGGGUGAUGUGCCGAUGUGAGGACCGGGCCAUCAUCGCCGCGAGUAUCCUCGGAGUGCUAGCCUCGACAUACGCCCUCUAUAUAGAACUGUCCGCUGCUGGCAACCCCAACUUCAAAGCUAUGUGCGACAUCUCAGAUAAAGCCAGCUGCACGAGGGUCUUGACUUCAGAAUAUGCUAAUAUGUUCGGAUUUACUUCGAUUCCACUUCCUAACUGUGCCAUCGGUAUAGCGUUCUAUUGCAUCACCAUCUUCCUUACUACAUUCGACGACAUUCGCUUCGUGGCCGCGCAACUCAUCUUCACCUUGCUCGGGGUCACCUCAAGUAUCUACCUGGCAAUUCUCCUAGUUUUCGUCUUGCGUGAUUUCUGCAUUGUCUGCGUUACCACCUACAUAGUUAACGUUUACCUAGCUAUGUUGGUUUACAGGAAAUUUAACACCAUGAAGGACAAGAUGCACUGAAGCCGCCAUAGUUGGCAUUGUACCCACUAUCUAUUUAGCAUCCCCAUAUUGUGUAAUUAUUUUAAAAUGUAUGUGUAAUGUUUUUGGUGGUAACAGACCUGUGCAUUUAAAUUAUUAAGAGAUGUUUUAUAUUUUUCAAACAUAAAAUUGCAUAUGCUCGGAAAAUAAAGCUUUACGUGUA